AGUUUACAUCCGGAACGAUUGGUCACAACAACAACAACAACAACCAUGGCCGCAGCUGGGGCUGACGGUGGCAUGAAGCCCCUUCAAAAUGCCAUGAAAAUAGCUAAAGUGGCUAUACAAUUGGACGCAGGGAACCGACAUAAGGUAUUCUAAUUUUUAAAAAAUGAAUUUUAGUAGACGCUCUUAUCCAGAGCGACUUACAGUUAGUGCAUACAUUUUGUCAUACUGGCCCCCCGUGGGAAACGAACCCACAACAUUUACAUUUCAGUCAUUUAGCAGACGCUCUAAUCCAGAGCGAUUUACAGUUAGUGAGUGCAUACAUUUUCAUACUGGCCCCACGUGGGAAACGAACCCACAACCCUGGCGUUGCAAGCGCCAUGCUCUACCAACUGAGCUACACGGGGCUUAUACAUACUAAUGUCAAGCUUUCAAUACCCUUACGAAAAAAGAAUGAGUCAGAGUGCAGUAUAACUGCAGGAUGCUGCAAAUACUGCGUUCCCCCCAAAAAAUGUGCUGCAAUAAUUUUGCAUUGUGACUGCAGUAUAACUACAGUUCGACUGCAGUUAUGCGUCCAAAAUACCACAGUCGACUGCACUUACUGCAGUUUUAAAACUGCAAUCUUUUUUUGUAAGGGUUGAUUUAGAAUUACGUUGAACGAGUUUUAUAGCCACGAGAUAUGCUUCGUUGAUGACGUAAACAAUGCAAUAGCACUUGUUACAGUAGCUAGUUGGCGUGUUGGUAUAAUGUUCUAUCUAUGUUGUAAUGCUAUUAUGUUUCUACAGUAGCCUACUGUUGGAAGUUUAGAGCUUUCUUUUUUUCUCUAGGAAGCUUACUGUGCAUACUUGAGGAGUAUCAACUUCAUCUCCCACUCACUUUUGGAGGAUGCUGUAUCGAGGAGUAAGAUGAGACCUGGACUAUAUUACAUUAUGCAAAACUAAAUUAUACAUCUUCUUUUAUUCAAGAGGUGCUCUGUAAAUAAGAGCUGUUAUGGUGCUUUCAAGAUGGGGCUGCAACUACAUCUUUAUGCCUGGCAGUCACUGAACAUAAAGAAAUCUAAGGUCAAUCAAGAUACUAUGACGUUUGUCAUCUCUUUCUCCACUCCACUCAACCCUCCCUGCCAGGGCAGGUCUAUAAGUCAUUUUAGAACAGUAUUUCCCAACCCUGGUCCUUGAGUACCCCCAACAGUAAGCAGUUUCAUUGAAGCCCUUGACCAACACACCUCAUUCAACUCAUUGAGGGCUUGAUGAUUAGUUGAAUCAGGUGUGCUUGUCCAGGGUUACAAUAAAAAUGUGUACUGUUGGGGGUACCUGAGGAUCAGGUUUGGGAAACACUGUUUUAGAAGGUAGAAAAUAAACAAUGGAACAUCCAUGUUUGCAGAGUUUGGGCAUUAAAUAAGUCCUGGAGUAAGUAGUUGAGUGGGUUUGUUUGUAGACAACAAGUAGACAAGCACAGGAUUACAUCACAUGUUGAUUCAUUUGAAUACCUUUACUCCCUCCUAAACUAAUGAAGGACACAUCAGGAUGACUGUAUCAACCUUGAUGAAGUUGUACUCCCAUGUAGAUACUGAGAUUUAAUCAGUUCUUAGCGUGGAUUGUUUUAAUUUAGUUGCAGUGGAUAGUGGUUACCAGUUAUCAAAUUUUGCUUUUCUCUUCUGCAUUUUGCUUUUCUUUCCUCACCCAGAGGGAGAGAUGGUAGCAGUAGAGGUGGAAAAGAUGUUGAGGCUGGCUGAGCAGUGUUUGGAGAGAGCCAAGUCCUCCUUCAUAGGAAGGAGAGAUGACCCCCCAACCCCUACCUCCUACACUACACCUACCAACUCAGCAGCACUCAGCCUGACCACAACCUUAGCCCCGUCUGUUGCAGUAAGCCCUGGAAAGAUUGGUAAAUAUAUUUAGCCCCAAAUUUUGCUACGUUUUUCAAAUGACUUUUCCCCGAAACGUGUCAACCUCCUGUCCCUCCUCCAGUUUCGCCACAACCACAAGAUCUCGUUAUUGACUCGGGGCCUAAACAUAACCCCAGGCCUGGACAGCGCAGAGUUCUCUCUGAGGGUGGAGGGGAGGUCACCCCCUUCCUGCCCCCAGAAGUCUUCCAGAGGUUGCAGACAGUGGAGUCACAGGAUACCAGGAAGUGAGUUGUUGUCAGAGAAACUGAGGACUAAACAAUCGGGGGACAAAAAGGAGAGUUCUAGUAAUAGCCACUCAGUGAAAUAGAAGGACUCUCCCUGGUUACAGUAUUCAUGAGACGCCUACAUCAGAAGUCACUCUUAUCAGUGAAUGGUUGUCAUUGUAGAACUUUGUUAAAUUGUCGAAGAGGCCGUUGAUUAAACAGAGUUGAUUAAUACAGAGUAUUCAAAUAGUACAGAACUGAAAUUCACAUUGUAAGCCAUCCCAGUCGUAGACUUGAUACAGUUUAUACCUUUGGUAACAUGUGACUAAACAUUUUUGUAUGUUUUUGUGUGUAUUAAAGGGAGCUUACACCCAUAGAGGAGGCCUCACGGUUGAACCAGAAGUUGAAAGAAAAUUAUGAAGCUCGUCUGGCCCGACUCCCCCCUGCUCAGGCCCGUACACAGAAGACUUCUCUGGUCAGUCUUUGUGUUUGUGUGUUAUUCACUUAUACCAAACAGACACCACAUUUAGUUGAACCAAACUUUACAUUGCAACCAUGAUUUUAGAAUAUCCCCAAAAUUGGAUAAAUUUAGGGAUCUUGUAAAUUAACUGGCUGCUAUUUUAAUUCUCAGUUUAAUGUGUGUCAGAUUACAGUAGAACACCAAAGCAAAGCAGAAAGGUUGUGAGAUUCACACAGCUGUUAUAUCCUCUACAUAUGAAUUUGAGUCACACACACAUGAGUACCAUCCCGAGUGGCGCAGCAGUCUAAGGCACUGCAUCUCAAUUCCAGGCUGUAUCACAACCGGUCGUGAUUGGGAGUCCCAAUUGGCCCAGCGUCGUCCGGAUUUACAUUUUAGUCAUUUAGCAGACGCUCUUAUCCAGAGCGACUUACAGGAGCAAUUAGGGUUAAGUGCCUUGCUCAAGGGCACAUCGACAGAUUUUUCACCUAGUCGGCUCUGGGAUUAGAACCAGCGACCUUUCGGUUACUGGCACAACGCUCUUAACCACUAAGCUUCCUGCCGCCCCAGAAUUUGUUCUUAACUGACUUGCCUAGUUAAAUAAAGGUUAAAUAAAAUCUGAUGUUGGUAUGAGGCAGAGUUGGACCCAACAAGAGCUCAGCAUCAUGUUUCUUCUACAUAAAUUAUGUCCCUCAGUUCUGGGACCCUGCUAUGGUGUGUAUAUAAAGCAGUAGACUUGUAGAAAACAGCUUCGAAUGAAGUAGACUGAUAACAUGGAAAGGAGAUAUUUAAUUAUUCAUGCUUGAUGCAAGUGUACUCAUUGACUCCUCUAUUUCAUCUUUAUUGUUAAAUAGAAUACUAUGGGCUUUCCAUUGAAGCACAAUCACAUGCAUGCACGAGACUAGUGGCAUGUGAAUCCAUACAAGGUUCACGCCCCUUCAAGGUGAUUAGGGAAUCGAUUUGUUUAGACCUUAUUUGGCGCGCCACACGCUCUUGCUGGAUUCGAGUUUUAGUUGAGAAGUCAACAGGAUUAGACUCACUCCAAGGUUAGAGAUUGAAUUGAAAUACGGUCAGAAUACGAACUACAGCGGGCAUUUUUUUUUUCUUCCUCGUGUUCAUUCAUCAUAUUCAUGAAACAUAAACACAUGUUCUUCUCUAAAAUGGUGAGUAUUUCGGAGCCACUUUAAGGGACACUGACCGCAUUAUCGUGUCCUUCAAGGAAUAAUAUUUUUACUUUUCCACGCGUUUUAGUAGGUUAGAACAAAAACAUUUUGAAAUCCCACAAUUUAGAUGCCAAGAAUGUUCCGGCGACAUAACGGCCAAAUGGAUCUGCGUUCUCAGUGGGAAAAACUAAAGGAAUUUGUGAAGGUACUUUUUAUGUCCAUGUAGUUUCAUUGUUCCAAUUACGUUUUACUCACACACUACUAUACGAGAUGUAUGUCGCGUUCAAAACAACUGGGAACUCGGAAAUCUCAGACUUAAGUACAACUGUGAAGUUCGGAAAAAAGUACCUCCGACUGAGAAAAAUAGUUUUGAACGGUCGUCCAACUCAGAAUUCGAAGUCGGAAACUCGGGCAUAUUUCUAGAGCUCCGACCUGGAGAUCACUGACGUCAUGAUUUGACUUUGUUCUUUUCCAAGUUCUCAGUGGUCUUGAAAGCACCAGUAGCACAUGUACUCACACGGUGACUAGUAGUAGGAUCGUUCCCAAUGAGAUAGAUAUAUACUAUAUAUACAAAAGUAUGUGGACACCCCUUCAAAUUAGUGGAUUCGGCUAAUUCAGCCACACCCGUUGCUGACAGGUGUAUAAAAUCGAGCACACAACCAUGAAGAGCUCAGUGACUUUCAACGUGGCACUGUCAUAGGAUGGACCUUGGGUGGCUUUUGACAAUUUAUUUGGAUUCCUCAUGUCCAACUUAUUGUUAGAAAAAAGUUUGGUCCAAAUCAGAUGUUGGGAACUAUAUUAAGUAUUAUACACUGAGUGCAAAAAACAUUAAGAACACCUGCUCUUUCCAUGACUUAGACUAACCAGGCGAAUCCAGGUGAAAGCCAUGAUCCCUUAUUGAUGUCACUUGUUAAAUCCGAUUCAAUCAGUGUAGCUGAAGGGGAGGAGACGGGCUAAAGAAGGAUUUUUAAGCCUUGAGACAAUUGAGACAUGGAUUGUGUAUGUGUGCCAAUCAGAGGGUGAAUGUGCAAGUUAAAAUAUUUAAGUGCCUUUGAAGAGGUAUGGUAGUAGGUGCCAGGCGCACCGGUUUGUGUGUGUCAAGAACUGCAAUACUGCUGGGUUGUUCACGCUCAACAGUUUCCUGUGUGUAUCAAGAAUAGUCGACCACCCAAAGGACAUCCAGCCAACUUGACACAACGCGGGGGGUCAAUCCUUUCUUGUGCUUUUUGAGGUGGAACGACCCAGUAGUAGUGACCUCUCCAGAAGCUUACUCGAAUGCAAUCAAUGACAACCCUUUAACCUUUGAAGUUUCGUUGUUCAGACCCUGAUAAGCCAUAUAAUGCAAUCGGCCAACAGCCAGCCUACCUCAGGCAAUUACUGGUUGUAGUGUUGAGGUGAUAAUAACAUUUUAUGUUUACAUUUCAACAAGAAUUCUGCCUCCUGGAAAAUAUUACUUGUCUUAUCUCACACAUAAUGUAAUUAGGAAAUAUCUGACAGUCUAGAAAUGUAAAAUAUUUAUCAAUUUUCUUUCAACACAGACUCUCUCUCUUCAGAGGCAGAUGAUGGAGAACCUGAUCAUUGCCAAGGCCAGGCAAGAUGCUGUAUCCUUCUGUUAAUGUGGACUUUCGGGGUCAGUUUGAUAUUAUAUAAGUCUAGGGGUCAGUUGGGUAAGAAUGUCCACUUGAGUAAGUUAGACCAGGAUCCAAGUUAUGGCUGAAGGGAGCCUUACCUGUGAGCCUUGGGACACACGUUCCAGGCACCCCAUGUUAUGUCUCCUGUAACCGAGUCAUAAGAGGACCCUAAAUAGUUAAAUAAUCUAUUAUCGUGACUGAUUUAUUAGUGUAGUUUGGAAGUAGCCACCUUCUGAGAUAAUUAAUGCUAUUGGUUGUCCAUGGUGGUAGGCAUGUAGCUUUGGGAUGAGCUGCUAUUUUAUGUUUCGAUCCAGUGGACAUUUGGGAAGGGUUCCUUAAUACGUGUGAAGGUCCAAAGGAAGAUGGAGGAGAGGAGACUGAGGCUACAGGAGGAGGCCAACAGGUGAGCAUUCGUCCCCUCUGACAGUAGAACUCGGUACACAUCACAGUACAAGUCUCAGUUUUAUGGCUUUACAGGCUAACCGCAUCAGUAGUGUUUGUUGUAUAAGUGCUGCUACUUUGUAGGAAUUGGAACAAGAACAGAAACCUGACACUUGUGUAUUUGCAGUUAAGUUUAGAAUACUUCAGAACCAUCUCCCCUCAUUAACCACUCAAUCCGCCCUUAAUUUAAGUGUUUUGAUAUGUAGUAUGAAAGUAAUUUAAAUGGUGCUUGGAGCUGAGCUCCAGUUAAAUCCAUAUAUCUGAUGAGUAAUGUCUGUGCUGUAUGUAGGAGGUUUGCCGCAUCUGGAACAAUUACUGCAGAAGAACAGGAGCAACGUGUUCUGUACACAAAUGUUUUGGAAUAUGAACAAGAUCAUGUGAGUUCGCAGUUCAGUGACAACUUGACAAGUCAUUGUGUUGAUAAGUUAACUUUAGUGUUUGCUGUCGAGUUGUCCUCAUCAUGUGUAUGUUUGACUUAUAGGACUGGCCCAAGCUUUGGAAAGCCAACCUUAAGAAAAAUCCUGAUGAUGCCACAUUGGUGUCCGGCCUUGUUUCAUGUCUUCUCAGGUACUAAACACGAUGCCGCAGAAGGCAGUCCUAGUCCUAUAUUUUGCCAAACAUAAUGUUGCUUAAUUUCUAUUUGAAUAGAGGAGUAAUUUGUAUUGUGUGCUCUGUGUAUCCUAGCUGUCCAGACCACCCUGUGAUGAAGCUACUGAAAAGGCUCCAGUACAGAGUUUACAACAGGCUCUACCCAAUCGUGAGUAAGAGUCUACCUGCAAGUCCUGCCCUGCCCAUGAAACCCUCCCACAGCGCUCAGAGCCUGUUGAUCUCAGACUCUCAUCAGAACGUGUCAAAAUCUGAAGUGGACCACAGUAUGUCGUCCGAUGCCUCUCUCAAUAUCUCCUUCUCCCAUGACCAUAUUGCUAACGAGGAGUUGGAUAGUGAUGGGCCCCAUACACUGGACAGGGAGAAUUCGUUUGAGGAUCUGGAGCAGUUCCUGACGCAGCUGGACUGGGCUCCCUCCCAUGGGGACCCUGACGUGACCUUUGAACCGUCACUGUUGGAUCAGGAGGAGUCUCUCGUUCAAGACUUGGAGAUGCGUGAUCUCAAAGAACACCUCAAGGCUAUUGUGAAGGACAUCCAUAUUGCCAUUGGUUAGUAUGAGAGUGUGUUAAAAUGUACAAUGUAGUAGACCUCACUUUGACAGGAAAUGUAAGGUUUUGCAGUGUUCUCUAAUUGUUGAAUGAAAUUUUUAAAAAUUACUUUGUGUUGCAGAUCAACUUUUGUCGCUAUGUCUGCUCUCCUUUGAGUGUCUGAACACAGCCAGUUCUAAGGACCUGUGUGUGGCCAGCAUAGAAGAAGCCUUCUUUACUCCCCUCUGGAGCCCUCUGUUGGCUCUCUUCAGGUAAUGCUGAUUAACAUCUUCUACUGUCUGUUUGAAGCUAUGAUUACUUGCACAUAUUUUGUGGCAGAAACUAGGGAUGGGGGGGGGUCUGAAAUAAUUUCACUAUUCGAAUAGUAUCAUGAAUUUUUGUAGGAUAUCCAGAUAUUCGAAGUACAUGUGUAUUUUUUUUUUUUACUUACGGUUUUAACCUGAGGACUGCUGGCACUCUAUUCCUCCGAGCUGACGGAGGGAGAGCGAGAGACGCCAAGGCAACUUGGCUACAGCCAAGAAUAGCUAACUUGUAGCAGCCACAAUGUUAUUUAUCAUCCCAUAUAACAAUGCCUGUCUUGACUGGAGUAGCCUGGAGAAGCUAGCCAGCUAUAGCUAGCUAGGCUAAUUGAGGCCACGUGCCGCUUUCUCCCCAACCCCAUUCAGAUAAACGACCGUUUACCUGUUGGUUGAUCCGUUGUAGCCGACUCCUUCUCAUUUCGCUAACUUUUAAUAACAUGAUUUUAUUCCAUCAUACAUUGCAUUAGUGAACUCACUCCACUUGCUACACAUUGAGCCUCUUUGCCAAAUGUAAUUGGCCAACAUAAACGACAAGCUACACACGUGAAUGUUACCGGUUGGCAACCGGUCUUUUUAUGGGGUGCAUGUCAUAAAACCUACAUUGAAAAGUUUGUUUUAUUAAAUUAAUAAUUUAAAAUGUCAUGGUAUAUCCUAUAUGUAAGAAUGUCACAUAUAUAUUUUAUUUACAUUUAGAAAAUGCAUUUUCAGUGUUUAAAAUAGGCCUAUAAAAAUAAAACACAAGUUUUCGGAUACUAACGUCCUUUUGGAUAUUUGAUAUUCGAAUAACCGUGCACAUCCCUAGUAAAGGCUUCCUGUAUGCAAAAUGGGUUGGAUGUCAGGCAGUGGUCAGUAGAUGGCGUCAAUAAGCUACAAGUAGAAACUGUUCCCUCUUCUCCUAUUAGCCUUCUGCAUGGUUGAUUAUGCUUAUCAGUGCAGUGAGAUGAUUAACAUACCUGUGAUUCAACCAUUCCUUUAUGUAUUCAAUCUAAUGUCCAUUUAGGAAGGUAGUUCAGUAUGAAAGCUGGUGUCAGUCAUGUCACAAUACUUGUUGAUUAGUCAUGGUUACCCCUUGUAUCUUUGUGUCCUGGACUAUGAAGGAAGGUCCACAGAGAGAGGGAGCUGUCCUUUGAGUCCAGUAUGAUACUAUAUCGGGACAUCUCACCUGGUGACGUUGGUGUCGCAUCGAAACUGUACCCCCAGGACCCUGUCAUGCUGCAUGGUUCCUACCCCUAUGAAUCGGCAGUGCAGGAGCUUCGCUUGCUGUGCGGAGAUUGCUGUCCCCAGAGAAAGCUUGAGUGCAUUGGUGGGUGUGACCCUCAAGACCCUCACUGGACAGUGAUAGUGUGGGAUGUGUUCUUUACAUUGCUCAUACAGGGGAAGCAUUUAAUUGGGGGGGAACCCAUGUUUUUCUGCUCCAAUAACAUCCAGUACACAAUGUUCUUCAUUUCAGACAGGCUGGAUGGUGACUUGAGUUGUUUGUGUAAUGUUAUUGAUGCUUGUCACCUUUGUUUUGUUUGCUGUUCUAUUGCAGUUCGGACGUUGCGUCUGAUCUGUGCUUGUGCUCAAGACUACUGCUGCCUUCAUGAGGCAGAAUCCAAAACUGCAGCCAUGUGAGUGUAACACUACAACAUUGCUUUUAUGGAUAUAAACAUGCUCACACGUGCUGGACCAUGCUCUUUUCCCCCUCAGAUCUCUCUCUCUCACACACACACAUACACACAGUGCAAACCGCUUUAUUUACAGGACCUUCAGAAAGUAUUCACACCCCUUGACUUAAAAUUGAUUAAAUUGAGAUUCUUUGUCAUACCCCAUAAUGUCAAAGUAGAAAUGUUUUUCAAAAUUGUUACAAAUUAAUUAAAUGAAAAGCUGAAAUAUCUUCAGUCAAUAAGUAUUCAAACCCUUUGUUAGUUAGAAAGAUAUGCCAUAUAGAAGCAAACCGGAUGGACACCAUGAAAAUGAUCGGAGAGGUUGAGAGUAGAAGAAGUUCAGGAGCAAAAUAUAUAUAUAUAUAUAUAUAUAUAUAUAUAUAUAUAAUUAUUGUAAAAUUAACUCUGUCCAUAAGGUGUAGAUAGUAAGUAUAGACUGGAAGUAGAGGCCUGGGCAUUGUUGUUCACUAAUUUACUCCAAGUAGGGAAAGGAUGGUGGGGUUGAAAAGUAAUAAAGGGGAGUAUAUAUAUAAAAAAUAUAAAAACCAUGGGGGAUCUGAAGUGAUGCAGACAAUUACAUUGAUAGAAGAUACAAUCUAUCUGCAAUAUUAAGCUGAUCCAUUCCCCCCGGGGGGGGGGGGGGGGAAGGAAAAAAAUAAAAUACAAUAAAACUUUGUUAUGGCAAGCCAAAUUAAAUUCAGGAGUAAAAAUGUUCUUAACAAGUCACUUAAUAGGUUGCAUGGACUCACACUGUGUCCAAUAAGUAUUUAUUUAACAAUACUCAUCUCUGUACCCCACACAUACACAGUCAACCACAAAGACCAGGGAGGUUUUCCAAUGCCUCGCAAAGAAGGGCACCUAUUGGGGAAAGGGGGAUACCUAGUCAGUUGUAAUUUACAACUGAAUGCAUUCAACUGAAAUGUGUCUUCCGCAUUUAACCCAACCCCUCUGAAUCAGAGAGGUGCGUAGGGCUGCCUUAAUCGACAUCCACGUCUUCGGCACCCGGGGAACAGUGGGUUAACUGCCUUGUUCAGGGGCAGAACAACCUAUUUUUACCUUGUCAGCUCGGGGAUUCGAUCCAGCAACCUUUCGGUUACUGGCCCAACGCUCCUAACCGGCAGAAGAAUGUCCCUUUGAGCAUGGUGAAGUUAUUAAUUACACUUUGGAUGGUGUAUCAAUGCACCUAGUCACUACAAAGAUACAGGCAUCCUUCCUAACUCAGUUGCCAGAGAGGAAGGAAACCGCUCAGGGAUUUCACCAUGAGGCCAAUGGUCACUUUAAAACAGUUAGAAUUUAAUGGCUGUGAUGGGAGAAAACUGAGGAUGGAUCAACCACAUUGCAGUUACUCCACAAUACUAACCUAAUUGAGUGAAAAGGAAGACUGUACAUAAUACUAAUGUUACAAAACAUGCAUCCUGUUUGCAACAAGGCAUUAAAGUAAUACUGCAACAUUUUGGCAAGGCAAUUACAUUUUUGUCCUGAAUACAAUGUGUUAUGUUUGGGGCAAAUCCAAUACAACACAUUACUGAGUACCACUCUCCAUAUUUUCAAGCAUAGUGGAGGCUGCAUGGUGUUAUGGGUAUGUUUGUAAUUGUUAAGGACUGGGGAGUUUUUCAGGAUAAAAAAUAAAUACUGAAUGGAGCCAAGCACAGGCAAAAUACUAGAGGAAAACCUGGUACAGUCUGCUUUCCACCAGACACUGGGAGAUGAAUUCACCUUUCAGUAGGACAAUAACCUAAAACACAAUGCCAAAUCUACACUGGAGUUGCUUACCAAGAUGACAUUGAAUGUUCUUGAGUGGCCUAGUUACAGUUUUGACUUAAGUCUACUUAACUCUAUGGCAAGACCUGACUGGUUGUCUAGCAAUGAUCAACAACCAAGUUGACUGAGCUUGAAGAAUUUUGAAAAGAAUAAUGGGCAAAUGUUACACAAUCCACAUGUGGAAAGCUCUUAGACUUACCCAGAAAUACUCACAGCUGUAAUCUCUGCCAAAGGUGCUUCUACAAAGUAUUGACUCGGGUGUGAAUACUUAUGUAAAUGAGAUAUUUCUGUAUUUCAUUUUCAACAAAUUUGCUAACAUGUCUAAAAACAUGUUUUUACUUUGUCAUUAUGGGGUAUUGUGUGUAUUGGGGGGGGAGAAGUCUAUUUAAUCAAUUUUGAAUUCGGGCUGUAACAACAAUGUGGAGUAAGUCAAGGGUUAUGAAUACUUUCUGAAGGCACUGUUUAUUUCAAUUUUUUUCCUCACUAUUCUGUGUUUGUGCUUUAUAAAGACUUACUGUACAGUACAGACAUUUUAUGGGGAGUAUCCAAAUAUAAUUUAGGACCUCCUGCCUCCGUCAGUGGUCGCCUUGUCAGACUUGAUCAGAGAUCACUAAGGCCAGACACAGCAGGGGUCUGGCCAAGGAUCACUGCCCCCUGCAGAGUGCCCCAUCCUGGUGGACCCUCAAAGUGGGUCGCCUUGUCUGGAACAUACUCAGGCAGGGCCCAGCUAGCCUAGGAGCUGUGGAUGGGAAAGCGGCUCUACUGGGCAGCAGAAAGAGCUAUAGGUCAGAGACCAUGUAAAGGGUAUGCAGAGUUUAGACGCUAAGUCAUUUGAGGUUGGGGUGGGGGGAUAAUGUAGUGAGAAAGUUUACUGGGUUGUUUGCUUGAUUAAAGAGUCUACCACUUGAGGAGGAUUUAAUGAGGCUUGCUAGUGUAGGCUGGAAACUGAUGCGGUAGAUCAGACAUUUAAGAGCCAGUCCACACGUUACGUAAAUUACACUCAGUAAAUGUCUGUCUGCAUCAAAAUCUAAUUAGACUAAAGCCCUAUUCGCACGGGACUAGUAUUACUAUAGAACGUCGGUUAUGUAAUUAUUACCCCAGCAUGUCAGUUUUUCCAGUGGACGAUUCGGACGGGAUUAGUUUUACCAAACUGCCCGUACAUUUUUUCCCCUCUCAUUCACAAUUGACUGUUAUGACAGAAGCCUGGAGGCUCUUCUAGGCGUGAAGAUAUUUAAAAUGUCUAAGGAUAGCCUAAUAUUUACCUAAUGGCCUUCAGUUUGGAGAAAGUCAAAAUAAUAAUGCAUAUCAAUAAGAACCAUGAACUGUAAGCUAUGCAGACAUUUAAUUACCUGACGUAUUUGGCAAUUUUAUCAAUUAAUUGGCACAAUAUUGUCCACUAUCUUUUAAAAGAGUAUGGCACUAGGAAAGUUGAUAUGACAAAACAGCUCAUUCAUCUGUAGGCUACAUGCAUAGCACUUUGUUUAAAGCAUCACUUUGUUCCCAUGUUCUUACCCAAUCUGGGAUGCAGCACCUGUUAAACUCUGUAACAUCCCUCAAAACACAGGGAUGACUAUUCGCACAAGAUAAGUAUUAUCAGAGGACCUUGGAGUUUGCCAAAAAACUGUAGGUUUUUAGGGCUGGGAUGAUACUUCCUGCCAAGUAAAAAUGACUGCCAUAGCAGAUUCAGACGGGACAAAAAUGAAGGACGUGGUGAUUUGUGCUCGUGCACAUAAUUACAUUACCUGAGCUCCCCCAGUGAAACUUAUCCCGUCCGAGUAGGGCUUAACAGUGAAAUGCUUACUUACGGGCCCUUCCCAACAAUGAAGAGAAAAUAAGAGAAAAUAUAAAAAAAUAACAAAAGGAAUAAAUACAACAUGAGUAAUGAUAACUUUGCUAUAUACACGGGGUACCCGUACCGAGAUGAUGUGCUGGGGUAUGAGGUAAUUGAGGUAGAUACAGUGGGGGAAAAAAAGUAUUUAGUCAGCCACCAAUUGUGCAAGUUCUCCCACUUAAAAAGAUGAGAGGCCUGUCAUUUUCAUCAUAGGUACACGUCAACUAUGACAGACAAAUUGAGAAUUUUUUUCUCCAGAAAAUCAUUGUAGGAUUUUUAAUGAAUUUAUUUGCAAAUUAUGGUGGAAAAUAAGUAUUUGGUCACCUACAAACAAGCAACAUUUCUGGCUCUCACAGACCUGUAACUUCUUCUUUAAGAGGCUCCUCUGUCCUCCACUUGUUACCUGUAUUAAUGGCACCUGUUUGAACUUGUUAACAGUAUAAAAGACACCUGUCCACAACCUCAAACAGUCACUCCUCCAAACUCCACUAUGGCCAAGACCAAAGAGCUGUCAAAGGACACCAGAAACAAAAUUGUAGACCUGCACCAGGCUGGGAAGACUGAAUCUGCAAUAGGUAAGCAGCUUGGUUUGAAGAAAUCAACUGUGGGAGCAAUUAUUAGGAAAUGGAAGACGUACAAGACCACUGAUAAUCUCCCUCGAUCUGGGGCUCCACACAAGAUCUCACCCCGUGGGGUCAAAAUGAUCACAAGAAUGGUGAGCAAAAAUCCCAGAACCACACGGGGGGACCUAGUGAAUGACCUGCAGAGAGCUGGGACCAAAGUAACAAAGCCUACCAUCAGUAACACACUAUGCCGCCAGGGACUCAAAUCCUGCAGUGCCAGACGUGUCCCCCUGCUGAAGCCAGUACAUGUCCAGGCCCGUCUGAAGUUUGCUAGAGUGCAUUUGGAUGAUCCAGAAGAGGAUUGGGAGAAUGUCAUAUGGUCAGAUGAAACCAAAAUAUAACUUUUUGGUAAAAACUCAACUCGUCGUGUUUGGAGGACAAAGAAUGCUGAGUUGCAUCCAAAGAACACCAUACAUACUGUGAAGCAUGGGGGUGGAAACAUCAUGCUUUGGGGCUGUUUUUCUGCAAAGGGACCAGGACGACUGAUCCGUGUAAAGGAAAGAAUAAAUGGGGCCAUGUAUCAUGAGAUUUUGAGUGAAAACCUCCUUCCAUCAGCAAGGGCAUUGAAGAUGAAACGUGGCUGGGUCUUUCAGCAUGACAAUGAUCCCAAACACACAGCCCGGGCAACGGAGUGGCUUCGUAAGAAGCAUUUCAAGGUCCUGGAGUGGCCUAGCCAGUCUCCAGAUUUCAACCCCAUAGAAAAUCUUUGGAGGGAGUUGAAAGUCCGUGUUGCCCAGCGACAGCCCCAAAACAUCACUGCUCUAGAGGAGAUCUGCAUGGAGGAAUGGGCCAAAAUACCAGCAACAGUGUGUGAACCUUGUGAAGACUUACAGAAAACGUUUGACCUGUGUCAUUGCCAACAAAGGGUAUAUAACAAAGUAUUGAGAAACUUGUGUUAUUGACCAAAUACUUAUUUUCCACCAUAAUUUGCAAAUAAAUUCAUUAAAAAUCCUACAACGUGAUUUUCUAGAUUUUUUUUCCUCAAUUUGUCUGUCAUAGUUGACGGUUACCUAUGAUAAAUUACAGGCCUCAUCUUUUUAAGUGGGAGAACUUGCACAAUUGGUGGCUGACUAAAUACUUUUUUCCCCACUAUGUCUAAUCAUAUUAAACAUGCAAAAUGUGAUAUGCUAGCUAACACUUCCGAUGUGAACACACACAUCAACACAUACUGUAAGAGAAGUGAAACUGUCAGUAAUUUAUGGUAUCUGUUCAGGUUUUUCUACUUAGAGAGUGAAGUAGUGCAGUAAAAUUCUGACUCACAUCUUUCUGAUCAAACAUUAGAAUAUUGCACAAUUGGUGGCUGACUAAAUACUUUUUUUCCCCACUGUAUGUACAGUGCCUUCGGAAAGUAUUUCAGACCCUUUGACUUUUUCCACAUUUUGUUAGGUUACAGCCUUAUUCUAAAAUUGAUUUAAAAAAAUGUUCCCCACCUCAUCAAUCUACACACAAUACCUGAUAAUAUUAGCUAAUUUAUAAAAAAUAAAACCAAUCACAUUUACAUAAGUAUUCAGACCGUUUAGUCAGUACUUUGUUGAAGCACCUUUGGCAGCGAUUACAGCCUCAAGUCUUCUUCGGUAUGACACUACAAGCUUGGCACACCUGUAUUUGGGGAGUUUCGCCAAUUCAUCUCUGCAGAUCCUCUCAAGCUCUGUCAGGUUGGAUGGGAAGCGUUGCUGCACAGCUAAUUUCAGGUCUCUCCAGAGAUGUUAGAUCGGGUUCAAGUCCGGGCUCUGGCUGGGCCACUCAAGGACAUUCAGAGAUUGGCUGUGUGCUUAGGGUCGUUGUCCUGUUUGAAGGUGAACCUUUGCUCCAGUCUGAGGUCCUGAGCGCUCUGGAGCAGGAUUUCAUCAAGGAUCUCUGUACUUUGCUUCGUUCAUCUUUCUCUUGAUCCUGGCUAGUCUCCCAGUUCCUGCUGCUGAAAAACAUGGUGCCAGGUUUCCUCCAGACGUGACGCUUGGCAUUCAGUCCAAAGUGUUCAAUCUUGGUUUCAUCAGACCAGAGAAUCUUGUUUCUCAUGGUCUGAGAGUCUUUACGUGCCCUUUGGCAAACUCUAAGCGGGCUGUCAUGUGCCUUUUACUGAGGAGUGGCUUCCGUCUGGCCACCCUACCAUAAAGGCCUGAUUGGUGGAGUGCUGCAGAGAUGGUUGUCCUUCUGGAAGGUUCUCCCAUCUCCACAGAGGAACUCUGGAGCUCUGUCAGUGACAAUCGGGUUCUUGGUCACCUCCCUGACCAAGGCCCUUCUCCCCCGAUUGCUCAGUUUGGUACCCUUCCCCAGAUCUGUGCCUCGACACAAUCCUGUCUCGGAGCUCUACGGACAAUUCCUUCGACCUCAUGGCUUGGUUUUUGCUCUGACAUGCAUGGUCAACUGUGGGACCUUAUAUAGACAGGUGUGUGUGUGCCUUUCCAAAUCAUGUCCAAUCAAUUGAAUUUACCACAGGUGGACUCCAAUCAAGUUGCAGAAACAUCUCAAGGACGAUCAAUGGAAACAGGAUGCACAUGAGCUAAAUUUCGAGUUUCAUAGCAAAGGGACUGAAUACUUAUGUAAUAGAUUUUUUUAGCAAAAAUAUUAACCUGUUUUCGCUUUGUCAUUAUGGGGUCUUGUGUGUAGAUUUCUGAUAAAAAAAAGGUUUUAUCCCUUUUAGAAUAAGGCUGUAACAAAAUGUGGAAAAAGUCAAGGGGUCGGAAAUACUUUCCGAAGACAAUGUACAUAUAGGUAUGUAUAAAGGGACUAGGCAACAAGAUAGAUAAUAAGCAGCAGCAUAUGUGAUGAGUCAAGAGUUAGCCCAGGUAGCUAUUGAUUAACUAUUUAACUAACUAUUUAGCAGUCUUAUGGCUUGGGGGUAAAAGCUGUUCAGGGUCCUGUUGAUUCCAGACAUGGUGUAUCGGUACCGCUUGCCGUGCGGUAGCAGAGAGAACAGUCUAUGACUUGGGUGUCUCCAGUCUUUGACUCCAGCCAGUCAUAGGCCCAUUGCAUGAGCUUACAUCAGGCGCCUCUAAAACUAAAACUGUUUGAGGAUGUGGGCUCUAAUUCUAUGCCCACAUGACCAACAAAACAAAUCGUUCUCUCUGUCUCAUAUUGUUUGUUUGGAGUGUUGAGGGCAUAGCUCAUGUAGAGCUGGCACAAUUACUGCAUAAACGUGUAACCGACGGUUAUGGGUGAAGACCGUCAUGGAAGUAAAAUAACAGUUUAAAAAACGUGAUUUUAUUUUGGGAACAAACCGCUGCCUGAAGACUGGACGGCCGGGCAUUCGUGCGGUUGAGUCUGUUUCUGCGGUAACAUGGACUCUUAACAACGUGAUGAAACUUUGUUGCUCCUUGCUGAAAUAAGCAAGGUGUUGUAGCAAAGCAGUCUUCGGUUGCCUAGGCAAUGCACCCCAGAAUGCAGCAGCACACAUAGAAAUAUAAUAAAUAGGACGUGCGUCCCAAUUCAAGUCAAUUAUGGCAUACAGUGAGGGAAAAAAUUAUUUGAUCCCCUGCUGAUUUUGUACGUUUGCCCACUGACAAAGAAAUGAUCAGUCUUUAUAUGGGGGAUACAAUCUUCCCAGCUCUGCAGAUUUUGCUGUGAAGAGACAGAAUCAGUAGAUCAUUUGUUUUGGUUCUGUCCAUUUGUAGCUUGUUUUUGGACACAGGUCCAGGAAUGGCUAAAGGAUUGCAAUAUUUACCUGGAGCUAACCUUGCAGAUAGCAUUACUGGGUGAUCUGAAAAGUCAUAGUCAAUCGAUCAAUAAUAUAAUAAUACUUUUAGCAAAAAUGUUUAUUUUUAAUUCACAAUCUGUAGAAGCAAUGAGAAUAGAAAGGUUCAGAACUUUUGUAAAACAUCACGAUUGAGGAAAAAAAAAAAAUAUAUAUAUAUAUAUAUGGCAAAUAGAAAUCCUAUAUGGAUGGUGUUAAGAGAUAGAUGGGAGGUAUUGAAUAGAGUUGAAGGAUGGGACUAAUAACAAGACAACUAAUAAUGUAAGCAUACUGUGUCCAUAAUAAGUAUAUAGGUUGUAUGUUGGGAGCUUUUGGGGAGGAGCACAGUUGGAGGGAUGUGGCAUGUAGAGGCAAACCGGAUGGACAUCAUGAAAAUGAUCGGAGAGGUUGAGAGUAGAAAAAGUUCAGGAGCAAAACAUUUUUUUUAUAUAUAUAUAUAUAAUAGAAUUAUUGUAAAAUUGACUGUGUCCAUAAGGUGUAGAUAGUGGGUAUGGACUGGAAGUGGAGGCCUGGGCGUUGUUGUUCACUAGUUUACUCCAAGUAGGGAAAAGAUGGCGGGGUUGAAAAGUAAUAAAGGGGAGUGUAUAUAUAUAUAUAUAUAUAUAUAUAUAUAUAUAUAUAUAUAUAUAUAUAAAAAAUAAAACAUGGGGGAUUGGAAGUGAUGCAGACAAUUACAUUGAUAGAAGAUACAAUCUAUCUGCAAUAUUAAGCUGAUCCAUCCCCCCCCCCCCCCCCCCCCCCCCAAAAAAAAAGAAAUGAUCAGUCUAUAAUUUGAAUGGUAGAUUUAUUUCAACAGUGAGAGAGAAUAACAACAACAAAAAUCCAGAAAAACGCAUGUCAAAACUGUUAUAAAUUGAUUUGCAUUUUAAUGAGGAAAAUAAGUAUGAUGGUCCUCUGUAGCUCAGCUGGUAGAGCACGGCGCUUGUAACGCCAAGGUAGUGGGUUCGAUCCCCGGGACCCCCCAUACAUAAAAAUGUAUGCACGCAUGACUGUAAGUCACUUUGGAUAAAAGCGUCUGCUAAAUGGCUUAUUUAUUUAUUUAUAUUUAUAAGUAUUUAACCUGCUCUCAAUGAGAAAGAUUUCUGGCUCCCAGGUGUCUUUUUAUACAGGUAACGAGCUGAGAUUAGGAGCACAAUCUUAAAGGGAGUGCUCCUAAUCUCAGCUUGUUACCUGUAUAAAAGACACCUGUCCACAGAAGCAAUCAAUCAGAUUCCAAACUCUCCACCAUGGCCAAGACCAAAGAGCUCUCCAAGGAUGUCAGGGACAAGAUUGUAGACCUACACAAGGCUGGAAUGGGCUACAAGACCAUCGCCAAGCAUUUUUUCACAUUAACAUUACGACUGCGGAAAUGUUUGUAAUGACCUGUCAAACCCUGGUAAUACAUUGUUUCCAUUGCAUCUCAAGAACGCUAAAGCUUAGUCUGGGAAGUAACGCAUCGUCUCGACACUUACAUCACAAAAAAACGAAUAACUUUAUUUUGAUGGGUGUUCAUUCUUUGUGGAAUUGAAAAGUUAUUUAAUACAGUUAAUGUUUACAAUUUAGAUGCACUAAAAUGAAAGCAGCUUCUGAAAAUAAACACUGAUUAUAGUGAUGUUAUAUCUGAUCUCUCAAACAAUGUAAAGUAUGUAUAGAUCCGAGGGUGUCCUGCUAUUGACACACUUGUUGAAUUAUGCAAAAGAACGUGACACAGUAAUUCAUGAGGCAGUCUAGAUAGCGCAGGUGAGUGCCGGUAGGCCUAGACGGAGCAAGUGUUUAGUGGUUGCAGCCCUGUUCCACCCCUUUAUGUUAAUCUAUUCAUAUAUACUGAGCAUACAAAACAUUAAGAACACCUGCUCUUUCCAUGAGACUGACCAGGUGAAAGCUAUGAUCCCUUAUUGAAGUCACUUGUUAAAUCCACUUCAAUCAGUGUAGAUGAAGGGGAGUAGACAGGUUAAAGAAGGAUUUUUAAGCCUUGUGACAAUUGAGAUAUGGAUUUUUGUAUGUGUGCUAUUGAGGGUGAAUGGGCAAGACAAAAUAUUUAAGUUCCCUUUGAACGGGGUAUGGUAGUAGGUGCCAGGCGCUCCGGUUUGUGUCAAGAACUGCAAACCUGCUGGGUUUUUCACGUUCAACAGUUUCCCAAGAAUGAUCCACCACCCAAAGGACAUCCAGCCAACUUGACACAAAUGUGGGAGGCAUUGGAGUCCACAUAGGCCAGCAUCCCUGUGGAGCGCUUUCGAACACCUUGUAGUCCAUGCCCCGACGAAUUGAGGCUGUUUUGAAGGCAAAAGGCGGUGCAACUCAAUAUUAGGAAGGUGUUCCUAAUGUUUUGUACACUUCUAAGAAAACAAAAGUGAAAUUUGACAAAUUUUAAUACCUGAAUUCCCACCUAAAUCCCUGAACUUAACUGUAAAGAUGUCAUCAAGGCAAAGGGUGGCUAUUUGUGGUCCUCUGUAGCUCAGCUGGUAGAGCACGACGCUUGUAACGCCAGGGUAGUGGGUUCGAUCCCCGGGACCACCCAUACACAAAAAUGUAUGCACGCAUGACUGUAAGUCGCUUUGGAUAAAAGCGUCUGCUAAAUGGCUUAUUAUUAUUAUUAUUAUUAUUAUUUGAAGAAUCUCAAAUAUAAAAUAUAUUUUGAUUUAACUUUUUUUGUUUACUACAUGAUUCCAUAUGUGUUAUUUCAUAGUUUUGAUGUCUUCACUAUUAUUCUACAAUGUAGAAAAUAUUAAAAAUAAAGUAAAUCCCUUGAAUGAGUAGGUGUGUCCAAACUUUUGACUGGUACUGUGUGUGUGUGUGUGUGUGUGUGUGUGUGUGUGUUUAUAUAUUUAUUAUUAUUUUAUAUAUAUGUUAUUGUAUAUUUUUUGUUUCUAUUCAAACAGUUAUAAGGGAGACAGCGGUCAUUUGGCUUACCAAUUACUGCCACAGCCCUAAGCUCAUGCUCUAUAUUUGUCUCAUUGUAUUGGAGUGUGCAGAGCAGUCAGACUUUGGGGAUGUGGUUCGCUGGAUACCACUUCUUAGCUCUGCUGGAUGCAGCAUAUUUUUAGGAGCGCCAUAAUCUAGUGGCCGCUGGUGACUGUUAUGCAAUGGAAUAUGAGUUCAGAAACGUCCCUUUUCAGUCUUACUGUAGAUACGUUUUGCAUUUGGGUCUAGUCAAUAUAUUUUAACUUGUGUGAUGUUUUGUUUUUGGACAUGGCAAUGGCGUACUGCCGUUUCUAUUGUUGCUGCUUCAUCAGUGUGUUUCACUUUAAGAGUUUACCCAUAGUAUUUAAAGAAAGGCUUAUUUUAUUCCUGAGUUGCGCAGUGGUCUAAGGCACUGCAUCUCAGUGCUUGAGGCGUCACUACAGACUCCCUGGUUCGAUUCCAGGCUGUAUUACAACCGGCCGUGAUUGGGUGUCCCAUAGGGCGGCGCACAAUUGGCCCAGCGUCGUCCGGGUUUGGCCGGUGUAGGCCGUCAUUGUAAAUAAGAAUUUGUUCUUAACUGACUUGCCUAGUUAAGUAAAGGUUAAAAAAAAAAUAUUUUUAUUUUUUUACAAUCUCCCAAGGAGUCAGUUUGAGACUGCAAAAUAAAUGUUAAUGGAUUAAAUGUGACCAUUAUUCUCACUAAUUACUUUUAUAAAGUGUUCACAAGAAAGUAUGAAUGAAUACAGUACGCAUGUUUGCACAUCAACCCACUAUCAUUUUUCCCUGUCACCGAGCUAGGGAAAUCUGCUUUUAGUUUUAAUGCACCAUAUUGCUCUAACAAAAUUCUAAAUACAUUUAAUCUUGAUGUUCUGGUGCCAUUCAGGCAAUUUUAAGUGUUGUUUGAGGACUUAUUUGUGGAGGAAUACAACAGUUUUUCUGGGUAAUUAGUGUUUUAUUUGUGCUUCCCAUGACAGUUUUUGUAUUUUAAAGUGGCAGUAUGUAACCUUUUGGGUGAACCGACCAAAUCCACAUAGAAAUGUGAGUUAUAGAUCUGUCAUUAUACUUGAAAGCAAGUCUAAGAAGCGGUAUCUGUUCUAUGUGCACUAUUUCUAUGCUUCCCGUUAAGUUUUGUUUUUGAGUCUUUUACUUUCAGUUUUGUACACCAGCUGAAACAACAAUAUUUUUGGUUAUGGAAAAUGUAUUUCACAUCGGUUUAGAUGGUGCAUUGAUUCCUCCCUCACACUCUCUACUUCACUUUGUCUUUUUCAAUAUCUCCUUUUCCCCCUCGAAUUGUCCAGUUCACUUGUUAUUUCAAUCAGAUCUUUCAGAUCAACAACACUAAUUACUUUUCAAUUAUGUCAACGUAGUCUAUGACUUGUUGCAUUAUGUUGCUCCAAGUUUGACCCUGAAUUUGAUAUUCGUGCUAACACUGGAAUUUAUAGACUCAUUUGAAGUUUCUAGUAAUGUGUGUGUCUGUAAUAAGGGUGUGAUUUUUGUGUUGUGAUUAUGGGUGUAAAGUGUGAGUCCUGGCUCUCUGGGGUUAUAUGGCACGGUCCACACCUCUUUAACCUGCGUACCAGAGAUUUGGUUAUUUCUGACUGGCUCAUUGAAGGGACAGCCAUCCACCUUCUCAUUCUGCAAAGCAAUCUGUGAUGGAUGAUAAACAACGGUCACUGGAACAGUGGGAAUGUUAUCAUCAUCCUGUCAUCAGUGAAAAAAUGUACCACAACAGAUUACUAGAAAAUGUUUAACACUUGAUAUUCUAGCACAACUAUUUCAAAAAUAAUUUGGUUUUUAACUAUUUUCUUGGCUUUCUGUUACUAACUUCUGUUACUCUUCUCUGUUUCUUUGUCAGUGGGGCAGAUGACUUGUUGCCCAUCCUCUCCUAUGUGGCUCUGCACUGUGAGCUGCCUCAGCUGGUUUCAGAGUGUGCUGCCCUGGAGGAGUUCAUUCAUGAAGGGUAG